CUUGAAUUUAGUUAAAGUUGCAGACAGCCAUCGACACAGUCGCCUCAACAAACACAAAACAACCAAGAUAUGAGCGGCUCUAACUCUCGAAACAAGACUGCAGCCACAGUCAAAGGACCGGACACCGAUAUCGGCCCAGCUGCAAAUUCCAGGGAGCGAAAGUCCGGUGGAGGUGUGCUGAAGAGACUCAAAUCGCGACGAAAUCAAACCGAUAAACAGCGGCCUGUUGUUACAGAAGACGAGCUAAGGGCGCUAGGAAGACACAUCACACCGGACGAAGUCCUUGGUCUGCGUGUUGUUACACGGGGUAACGUUAUGUUUAGAGCUGAUGGUUGAUGGGAUUUGGAUAAGAUUCAAGUUAAUGUAUUCUACCUAACGUUAGCUUUGUUAGUGAACUAGCUAGCUAAGUUUGUACCAAUGGUUUGAGGUAACCAAACAAAGAAUCCGUCAACACACCAGAUUCCCUGUCUGUAUUUGCUGCUAACUACGAAUUUCCUUCCAGAUUAUCUAUGUAAACCUGAGGACAAUGUCUACAAUAUUGACUUCACACGUUUCAAGAUUAGAGAUCUGGAGACUGGGACAGUGCUCUUUGAGAUUGCUAAACCUCACAACUGUGGUAAACUCAAAUAACGUUAUAUCUUGCCCAGCAUAAAGUUUCAACUUUUCUGCCACACCAUAAAUAAGAGAGCUUGGAUAGGCCACAUCUUAAAGGUAAACUCAGCAAUAUGACAUCAUCAUACACAUUGGAGCAUCUUCCUACUUAUAGAAAUGAAGUCCAGGUAGCUGUCAGCUUGAACAGGGCACCAGGCUCGAUCUGUAAAACAGCCCAGUUGGAAAAACCACUGCUAACGGGUGCACUCGUGGUGUUAGGUUGGGAGCGCAAAACUAAUGGUCAAAUUUGCCAAGCCUGCCGCUAUAUUUUCACUUUCCAACGAGGACUUGCCUCAUUAGAAGGUAUAAAUGGGAAAGCACAUAUUCUUGGCAGAUUUGAGCAUUAGUUUAGUAAGCAGGAAGUUGUCCCGCUGUGUAUGACAAUGUCAUAUCGCUAAGUCUACUUAGAAGGGCUCAGACUAAAUGAAUUUGUCUAUUAUUUGAAACAAGCCAAAUUAUUCCCUCUAUGAUAAUUAAUGUAGUCCUUACACACAUGUUGUGGAUACAAUUUCAGGUUGAAAUCAGAGAUGACAUGUUGACACUUAUUUGGAUGUCAAUUACAUUUGAAUUCAUGUUCUCUAUCAGACCCUGAAGAUGAAGAAGAGAAUGGAGACAUAGACACCAGUGCUGGGCGCUUUGUGCGGUAUCAGUUUACGCCGGCCUUCCUCAGACUGCGGACUGUUGGUGCAACGUAAGUCAGUGGAUUAAACAGGAAACAUCACAUGCAUGAUCAUUAUUAGAAAUCAUAUAACUCGUCGUUGAAAAACCACAUACUGUGGUUAUGCCUAAAUGUUCCAUGGUAUAUGUGCUUUCUGCUUUCCAAUAUGGCUGGCUUACCUCAAGCUCUAGUAUGCUGUUAGCAACCUCACAUUCAGUUGAGGUCUAUUGCUUAUAACUCAGCAGUUACUUAUGCAGACGAAUCAUGAUCAGUUUCAUGCUCAGUUUCGUUUGCUGGUGUGGCUUUGCAGCUCUGGCAACUAAUCAAACUGUGGUGACAGAGAGGAUUUGGCAGAGCCCUGACACCACACUCCUAAAGUUGUAUCACAUGGCUGGAGACAAUACAAUUGAACGAAUCAUCCUUCAUUUGGACUUUUAGGAAUAUAGAUGUUCAAUGAAUAAAGCUACAAUUCAAAGAGUUUAAGCCCUUUUAUACAGCUACUGUUAUGUUCAGCAUAUCCCUACUAGUAUCUCAAGUGCCUCUCUUUCUUCCCCGCUUUCAGUGUUGAGUUCACCGUGGGGGACCGGCCUGUUAACAGCUUUCGCAUGAUAGAGAGGCAUUAUUUCCAGGAUAAAGUUCUCAAGAACUUUGACUUUGACUUUGGAUUCUGCAUCCCAAACAGCCGCAACACUUGCGAACACAUCUAUGAGUUUCCCCAGCUCCCUGAGGACCUCAGUAAGUCUACUAGUAGUAGGAGCGCACCAGCAAUGCCCCCUCUCACUUUGUCUAUCAACUUUGUCUUAGCCUGGGUCCCUACAAGCUAAAGUAAAGACUGGCCACAACAUAGCUGGCCAAGUCUGUAAGUCUAUACUAUACACAUCCAUACAGAGCCAAUCAGGCCACUCACAUUGUAAGAUAAGUAAUGUGGAUACUAGACAGUCACACGGAUCCCCUCCAGGAGUAAUAUACUGUAAGCCAGGCUAUAUGUGCAUUCUGCUGUUCCUUAUUUAGUUAUUUCCAAACUGAAAUCCCUUGUUUUUUUGUCUUUCUUUGAAGUUCGCCUAAUGGUGGAGCACCCGUAUGAGACCAGGUCAGACAGCUUCUACUUUGUGGACAACAAACUGAUCAUGCACAAUAAGGCAGACUACGCCUACGAUGGGGGCGAGUAGUGCCUGAAUAUUAACGUCUUGUGUGCAAUGCAACGCAGGGGUCACAUUGCCCCUGAACACAACAACCAUAUAGCCCUUUUGGGAACAGGAGUGUACUUCCUUCACUUCAGACAUUCCAACAAACUUUACCAGUCCCAGGUUUGGGAAAACAGGACCAUAUCUGCCUUCAAAACAAGUUACUUCAUUUAUUUGAUACCUCGUACCCCUCUGUUGCUGGGACUCAUAGGAAACUCUUGUCAAUCACUCUUUUGUAAUGUUGAACACGUUUUUCUUUUAAUCUUUUCAAAAUUUUUCAAGUUUAAAUGGUUAAUUUAAUACAUAUUAUUUUAAUCUGCCUUGAGUUAGUUCAGUAUUUGUUGCAAUAUCCUUGUUUUUGAGUUGGACUGCAUUUAGGCAUGUCUUGUGGGUUUGUGUAACUCUUAUCAGUCUAAUGAUCUAAUACACUCAUUCAAAUUGAAUAAUAUUAGUUUCAAUUUCUCUAACAUUUUUCGGGGUCGCCAUCUCCCUGGUGAAAGGCCACUCUGUUACCAGACAGCUCUGCAGAGGGAAUCGGGAACUUUACAUGAUCCCAAACUGAAUGUUGAAUACUGAACAUUUUUAGCCCGUAAGAUGAAAACUGGUUGAAGUUGAGCAUGUUUUAUGUUAUUUUGUACACACAACAAUAGUUGACAGAUGGCACAAUUGGAUGGCAAGCCAAUUCCAACUGUUUGAUACUAUCUAAUUUGAUUGAACAAUAGUAAAUACAGUUUUGCUACUCAUUGUGCUCUAGUAACAAUCAUUAUCCUUUGCUGUGUCUUCCCUCCUUAGAUAGUGGGCUAAAUAUUCAGCUUUGAGACUAACAAAUGCUCCAUGACUUUGAAAUCUUGCCUUGAUAGAAGCUGUAUUAUUCAUAUUGGGUGUCCCAUUUCACCUCUCUAGCUGUAUAUACAACCAAUAAUCCCUGUUGACUGAGACAAUUUUGCAUUAACUGCCUUUGGUAGUAAGUGACAGACAACACCCCUGGUCUUUUAAGUUGUUAGCAUGUGUGACAGCGCUGUAAAUGUACUUGUAGGGUGUUUGUGCCUGCUGGAGUGAUACUGAGUCUCCCAAUACUAAAUUAAAUCUCCCCCAUGGGCUUUGUAUUCAGACUGCUCAACUCAAGAGGCUUUGUGUGUGAGAGAGAAAUCCCUGUCAAGUCCAGCUGUCGAUCAGCUGUGCUCCACUACACAUCUCUCCAACAACACACUCAUCAACAGAAGUCAAAAGCAGGCUGGAAGAGAUUUAAUUACUUAACUCAGUCAGCUAUGAAAUGGUAACUACAAGUCAAUGCUCAGUGGAAGGUAUAUUGUAUGAUGUGAUGUUAAUCACUUUCGAGACUUGUGAUAUGUGUCUGUUCUUUACAGUUACUGAUGGAAAAUUGUGAUGGCAUCCACCAUUUUAAAUUCUGUAUUUCUAAUAGCACCUUCAAAUGAACACUAAUUAUGGCUUUUACAAAAUGGUCGCUACUGAUAUAAUUUUUCCCUCUCAACCCCAUAGAUUUUUAUUGAGCAUAUUGUACUUUUGCCUAUUGAUGAAUGUGUUUUAUGACAGACAAAUCUCACAAUGACUACAAAGUGUGCUGUCUUUUGAAUGUUACAUUUCAGGAACCAUAUCAAAUACUAUUGUCUACAUCUAUGGCUGUGUAAUGGGUGAGGAUCUGGUAAGAACUAGAAGCCCUCCUAACAUUGCCUUUUAUGUUCUGUUAGAUUUGUUUUGUUUCUGCAAAACGAGGGGGAAAUAAAAAAACAAAAGCAAUUUAAGAAAAAAU